UGUGUCUCGGGUGACGUCAGUGCCGUGUGCGGGAGACGGAGCGGCGUGCGCCUGGCGAGACAAAGGCGGCGGACCGGGGUCAGGCAGCAGCAGCAGAGAGCCGAGAACCACUGUUUUUAUUCUCACCAAAAAGACAACAACUAUUCUUGGAUUUCAGCUGCGUUUCCCUGCUGGAAAGCAGAAUGAAGACACAGUGACACUCCCAGGAAUACGCUCUGACUCCAGAAAGAGAACAAAAACAACAACAGUGCCCUCUUUUCGAUUUUAAACGUUUUUCUCCUACGCCCCCCAUUUAGCGUGCUAGCUAAGCUAACCCUGUUAGCUCCCUAGCGCUGCACAGAGCUGGUCUCCUCCUCCUCCUGGCUGCUUCUCAUCUUUUCCCUCAAAACCUGGACGACAAGCAAAGACAGGAUCUCAUCGACCAAGGCAAGAUAAAAAGAGAGUGAGUUCACUCCCAACAAACAGGCAUCGGUGAUCUGAUGUGCGAUCCACGGAGACAAUAUGCCUAGCCCUUUAUUCCACCCCGAGAUUAUGGACCACGACGUGGUGAUCAGCAGCCAGCACAACGGGGUCGGUCUUCCCCGGGAGACAGACCAGGAGUCCCGGGACGAGGACCACCAAGAGGCAUUCCGCUUCGCCCUGGACCAGCUGUCACUCAUGGCCAUGGAGAAGGUGGACUGUGUGGGCGGCGGACUGGUCGACCCUCUGGAUGGGACCCAGGGUCCGGGCUCUGACGGCUGUAACGGUGUGGGUUACGUGGAUCUCCAGAUGAUGGAGCAUCCCAACGGGUCCCGGGAUUCGCCGUCGUCCUGCUCUCCAUCCCCGGAGUACUACGGCACGGGCGGGUACCACAUGGCCGGCUCCCACUCAAUGCUCCACGGGGAACAAAGCUCCGUCCUCUGCAGCAGGAAAAGAAGUGUCAACAUGACUGAAUGUGUGCCUGUCCCCAGCUCCGAGCAUGUGGCCGAAAUAGUGGGAAGACAAGGUUGCAAGAUUAAGGCCUUGCGUGCCAAGACAAAUACCUACAUAAAGACUCCAGUCAGGGGCGAGGAGCCAGUAUUCAUCGUGACGGGACGAAGGGAGGAUGUGGAAAUGGCUAAACGUGAAAUUGUCUCUGCGGCCGAGCAUUUCUCUAUGAUCCGGGCAUCCCGCUGCAAAGCCGGAGGGCCCGGGGCAGGAGGAGGAGGAGGAACUGGCACUGGAACUGGCACGGGCACUGGCACUGGCACCAGCUCUCUUCCUGGACCUCCACACUUACCUGGACAGACCACCAUACAGGUGAGGGUGCCCUACAGAGUAGUCGGUUUAGUUGUUGGACCAAAGGGAGCGACUAUCAAGCGCAUCCAGCAGCAGACUCACACCUACAUCGUGACCCCCAGUCGAGAGAAAGACCCCGUGUUCGAGGUCACCGGCAUGCCGGAGAACGUGGACCGGGCGAGAGAGGAGAUCGAGACCCACAUCACUCUGAGAACUGGAACCUUUGUAGACCUGCAGGGGGACAACGACUUCCACUCCAACGGCACUGAUGUCAGUCUUGAAGGCCUGGGCGCCCUGAGCGCGGGGCUGGCCUCUACUCUGUGGUCCAGGGCUUCUGGCCACCACUCUGCAGCCCCUCCACCUCCAGGCUCCCCACCUCCUCCUAUUCCCAUGUCCAUGCACCACUCCUCCGGCCGGAAGGUGUCCUCCUCGGCAGCCUAUCACACGCACAACGGCGGGAUGAACUCAGAGACCUUCAGCAACACUCGCAAGGCCAAUGAGUCAGGCAGCCCCACCAGCCCCUUUAGCACAGGCUCCAGCAGUGCGGGAGGAGGAUUCACUUUCGGGGGAGACUCCACCCCAGGGUUGCCCUCCUCCGAUGAACUGGGCUUCGAGUUCAGCGCCGCCAACAUCUGGGCUCCUUUCGUUAACGGUGGAGCAGGCAAUAAGACGCCCGGCUCCGCCCAGCAGCAGCCUCUACGUCGCAACAGCAGCGGCCUCAGCGGUGGCGCCAUCACCCCACGAUUGUCUCCAACUCUCCCUCAGGACACGGGCGUGGGCCCCAUGGAUCACCCCCUAGCCCGCCGGGCACAGAGCGACCCCCUCAGCACUCUCUCCUGGCUGCAAUCUGGCAACGCCGGCAGCGGCUCCUUCUCCGGAGCGUCCAGCUCCAGCUCCGCCGGCUCGUCCACCGGUUAUUCCUCCUGCUCGGCCUCCUCCCUGCCCGGCGGCUCCCCCACUGACUCCGAGGGAGGCAGCGGCGGGGGUCUCAGCUCUGGCAUGCUGAGUCGUCUGAAAGGCCCCGGGGUCGCAGGUCUGGUCGGCGUCGGCCCCGGGAUCAACAGGGACUGCUUUGUGUGUUUCGAGAGCGAGGUGACAGCAGCCCUGGUGCCGUGUGGCCACAACCUGUUCUGCAUGGAGUGCGCCGGGCAGAUCUGCCAGUCUGCCGAGCCGGAGUGCCCCGUCUGCCACACCCCCACCACACAGUGCAUCCGCAUCUUCUCCUAAUGCUCCGGCAGAGCGGCGGGGCGGAGGGUGAAAUACGAGGGAGGCGGGAAAAAGACUGGAGUGGGGCACCAGCUGUGGCAGACGGAAGGAUUCACACUAAUAACUUUCACACACACAUGAUGGACCAUAAUAAAUGCAUAAUAGAGAUGAUGAUACUAUACGGAUGUUGAUUUAUUGCUGAUAACUGUCAAAAAUAAUAAUAAUAACAAUAAUAAUAACUGAAGUUGAUUGAAACUGGUCUGCAGACAGUUGUUGCCUCAGACGGUCUCAGUGAUGAACUUAUGGAAGGAAACUAGUGUCUUAUCUCUCUUCAGGCCUUCAUUUUGACCCGGCGCUGCCGGUCUGUCUCGACAUUUCUUCAUUCUGGCUUCUUCAGAUCUCUGCCUGCUUUUCUCUCACAGCCUUUCCUUUUGACACUUUUGUACUUAACAGAUAUUUUUCGAUGAAGCUGUCAAUAAGGCCUGCACUUUUCUACUCCUUAUUUUAAUGUUUCUUGACAGGAGGCAAACCGUUCCAACCCGACCCCCCCCCCCCCCGCCCUUUCACCUUCUCCUCUUGCUCUCACUCAUGCUGUUGCCUGUAACAUUGAGAGGCGGGGUUGCUAUUUUUUGUAAGUUUGGAACUUUUUUAAAGAUCCGCGAUGUGAUCAGGCCCCUAUCGGCACACCCUAGGGCCAUCUUAGGAAGACCUCCUGUUUCUCGUUGCCACUCAAAUUUAGCCAUCUUUAAUGCCAAAUGAAUGCUAUUAAAUAGAACUCUCUUAAUUUCUGGUCAAAUUUAAUAACCUGUUGGAGGAAUUUGCAUUUCAAAUGUGGCUGCUGCUUUGAUUCACAUGUAUAGAGAGGUGCAGUGACGAGUCCUAAAGUGAGUUAGCAUUUUACCACUACCGGUUCCCUCGUCUCGGUCAAUGGGAUUUUGGAGAAUAGCUUGGAAUUGAGCUUACUUCCGGGUUAAGUCAUCCCUGCACCGCUCUAUUACCCACUCAUAAGUGAGAAACGUACCAUUUGUGAUACAGUAGGAAUGUGUCUGAGGUCAGUUUUCUUGUACGUUUGGGCUGCCUGACAAUCCCUUUACAUCUCUAUUGUGUAUGUGUGAAUAUCGCUCACUCAUGCUGUUCUCACAUCACAUCUCAUGUGUCGCCAUGUGAAGGUCUGGUGUCUGUCCUGCUGCCCCUCCUUCACUCCCACAGUCUUAAAGGAAGGAUUCACUCUGAUCCAUCCAUCAUGUCUGUUACACUCAGAUCAGUCGCUUAGCCUUUUCUAUUCUAUUCUAUUUUUUGACUCUUGACUGUCAAGUGUGUGGCUCACAGACAUAUUUUGGACUCUAGGAUGAGAUAGGGCUUCUCUGAUGUCACACGUAAAUGUUUUGUGCUGUAAGGAUAUGGAGAAGGCUGCUCCUCCCACACUAAAUAAUAACAAGUGGCUCAAUUGAACCUUUUUUCAUGCACUGUAACUCCCAGUCCCUCUUAGUAGGAAAGAAAAACAGCUCGUACUGUUUUAGUUUUGGUCUUCCACCCCACUCUCACAGCAAAGCUGUAUGGCACUCUCAGAUGACACACUGUCAUUCCCAUAUAGCGCUGUCCUCCUGGCCAAAUGUGGUGCACUAAGUGGUUAGUCGUUUAAGGUUGGUCCCGUGUUUUCAUAGCAUUACUGAUAAGGCAGUUGCGUCCUGUUUUGUGUUAGUGGUUUUUAAAGAAUUCAGUCUGAGUUUGCAGUAACUGCCUCCUAUAGUGUUAAUACUGUAUGUAUGAUUUUGGACGAUGUAGUUGGUACGCGGUUGCCGUUAUUGGCCCUUUUGAACAUGCACGGAAUCAGCUCAUAGAAUGAGACAAGCCAUGCCGACAGAAUUAAAUCGACACACCUAAUUCUCAAGGGCUUCCUCUGACUGCACAGACACAUGAUCACGCUUUCAGGCUCACAUGCAGAAGGUAGAACUUAUCCUUUAUGGCAGCUAGUAGCUAGGUCAUCCAGGGCUUCCAGACACUUUGUGUUCAAAUCCCAGCAGCUGCAGAAUGUUUUUGCUGUUGUAUUUUAAACUAUAUUUUCUAACUGUCCCUACACAGCCAUCACAUUGGGAUCCGGUCAGUAGGGCAUUGCAGCCACAGUGUGUCGUCCUCUCUGGACGUAGUCACAGAUCAGGACGGGUCGUAGGGUUUUAAUGUCAGGAAAAAGGGUAACUCUACUGAGUCAAAAAAAAAUGUAGAAAAUGGGCAGUUUCUGCUGUGCUUUGGUGCUCCAGCCAGUAUGUUAACUUAUUGCUGCCUGACUGUUCGUUUGCUACUAAGGUGACGAGGGCAGCAGCUGCACAGAGGAAUCUAAUAAGCCGCUGUCCUGGUUGAGCGCAGCAGUGCACUCACUCAUGUGUCCAUACGUGUACGUGAAAUCUGCCCAGGAGCUGCACCAGGAGUCUUUGUGAAGAUUCUCCCAUGGUGCUUUGGGGCAACUCCCUAUUGAUACGCAGCGUUGAACAAACCCAGUUGGCAGCGGAAGGCCUCUUAGUGUUCAGACUUCUGCGGCGCUGCACUGUAAACCUGACUACCCUGUUCUCGCUCCUGUGAGAACGCCUCCCUGUCAGGCUCUGAUGUCAAACGUCACAUUUUGUUUCUUAAUCGUGUGCACUCAGAACAGAUGCCGGGCCCUGAACGCAUCUGAAAGAACUGAUCAGCUGUGUGAGUCUGAUGAGGCCGAUCUUAGAGCCCUUCUUUAAACUGUCCACGUUGGCGUGUUAAAGGAAUUCAACGUGUUGUAUUUACCAGAUGGUUCUGAUGCGCAUCCUGGUGUUGCAAUGGGGUGUUUCUGGCCAAUGAGAAAUUGUUAGGGUUUAGUGUACAGUAGUUUUCAUUGUUAAAAAGGUACAAGGUUUUUCAGAUUGACUGCUGAUUUUUUUUUUUGUUGCCAAACUUAUCCCCUCCCCCAUUUCCUUCCUAAAGGUUUGAAAACAGGGUUUCCUGAGGUAUGCUAGCCAGUGACCUCUGACCUUUUUUUGUGAUGAGAGGGGGGGAUGCAAAGAGAGCUAGGCCAGUAAGGGGUGACAGACACCCCUCAAGCUGCCGCUCUCCUAUUUUUUGCUUUAAUUCUCUUUUGUAUGCAGAACCAAAAUGUAAAACGUUGGCAAACUAGGUUUCAGGCCUGACCUGUGUGUAUAUUCCCUGAGUACAAUCAUUGGGCUCUUGUUUUCAAAAGCAAAAUGACUUAAUUGAAGAUAAAUGUAGUUUCUAAAGAACAUGUAUCAUUAUUUGUAAGUUAACCAUCUGCAUGUCUUCAAGCCACCUGGCAUUAGCUAAUCAUUUUUAAGAUAAAAAAAAAACUUUUUACACAUUUUUAUUUUUUACAAUUUAUUUGCUUACCUAAAGAUCCCAGACAAUAAUGUGACCCUUUUUAUUACUUCAAAUUUAUUUUUAUUUUCCAUUUUUUUAUUUUCCUUAUUUCCUGUGUACUACAUAAUAGGCAAUUUAUAACAAAAUGAGAAAAUUAUUGAAGAAAUUUUAAAAUUGAAAUAUAUUUUAUUUGAAAGUUUAUGGACCUUUUAACCGUGAGCCGGAAAAAUUGUAUAAUCGUAUAAUUUGAGCUGACUUGACGGUUAUGAGAAAUGUAUCAAGAGUUUUAUUUUUUAUGCUUCUUUAAUAAAGUCUUGUUUUGGUUUCAUUUUUUUUACUGUAAAAUAAGAA